UUCUGUCUCAUCCGAACAUAAUGACUUGGCGGUCUCCUUUUCCUACCCAUCCCGACAUCCUGAUUCCCUCCGCUCAUUACCCUCUUGUGUAACCUCUCUACGUGUGCACCCUUCUCUCUGGAGAUUGCAGAGUGCAGUGUAGCCCCUGUAGCAAUGGAGGACAGUGACCAUGAGCCUUCCUCUUCUUCAGAUGAGAAAGACUCCUGCCCUGCAUCUCCUAAUCACAGCAGGCACCAUGAUGCUGCACAGCAUUCAAGCCAAUCAGAUGACUCAGAGAUGGAGAAUGUAAUGCAAGACCCUCAGCAUCAUGGAGGGCAAGGUCACCACCACCACCACCAUCACGGCCAUGAAGUUUGUGAUGCAGACAGGGAGGCAGAGGGCCAAGAUCGCCCCCAUACCCCAUCUUAUCUGCGGCCCCCUGUGGCGGGCAGGGCCCAAUCAGAUUCAGGUUCAGACCCCAGCUUGCCACAAAGCAGAAGUGUGGAGUUUGAUUUGCCCUCCCCUAUUAGUCCACCCAGGCCGAGAAGCCCCUGGGCUCUUUUUGACCCAUACGACAAUAAUGAGGACCAGGACAAGGAAUAUGUGGGUUUUGCAACACUGCCAAACCAGGUACACCGCAAAUCAGUUAAGAAAGGAUUUGACUUUACUCUCAUGGUGGCAGGUGAGUCUGGCCUGGGAAAGUCCACCCUGGUCAACAGCCUGUUUCUCACAGAUUUAUACAAAGAUAGGAAACUUCUCAAUGCUGAAGAGAGAAUCACACAAACUGUGGAAAUCACCAAACACACAGUGGAUAUUGAGGAGAAAGGCGUCAAACUAAAGCUCACCAUCGUAGACACUCCUGGAUUUGGGGAUGCUGUAAACAACACUGAAUGCUGGAAGUCAGUGGCUGAUUACAUCGACCAGCAGUUUGAGCAGUAUUUCAGGGAUGAGAGUGGCCUCAACCGCAAGAACAUCCAGGACAACCGCGUACACUGCUGCCUCUAUUUCAUUUCACCCUUUGGUCAUGGCCUCCGGCCUUUAGAUGUGGAAUUUAUGAAGGCUCUGCAUGAGAAGGUUAACAUCGUCCCGAUCUUGGCCAAAGCAGACACACUCACUCCUAGUGAGGUCAAAAAAAAGAAAAUCAAGAUCAGAGAAGAAAUCGAGCAGUACGGCAUCAAGAUAUAUCAGUUUCCUGACUGUGACUCUGAUGAGGAUGAGGAAUUUAAGCAGCAAGAUCUCGAGCUGAAGGAAAGCAUUCCUUUUGCUGUCAUUGGCAGCAACACAGUGGUGGAGGCUAAAGGGAAGCGAGUGCGAGGCCGUCUCUACCCCUGGGGCAUCGUAGAAGUGGAGAACUCGGCGCACUGUGAUUUUGUGAAGCUGAGGAACAUGCUCGUUCGCACACACAUGCAGGACCUCAAAGACGUGACCCGGGAGACUCACUACGAGAACUACAGAGCUCAGUGUAUCCAGAGCAUGACCCGCAUGGUUGUUAAAGAGCGCAACCGCAAUAAACUAACCAGGGAGAGUGGCACAGACUUCCCCAUCCCCAUGGUGCCUGGAGUGACGGAGAGCGAGACAGAAAAGCUCAUUCGAGAGAAAGACGAGGAGUUACGGAGAAUGCAGGAGAUGCUGCAAAGGAUUCAAGAUCACUUGAUCACUCAAAAAGACGGCUAUUAACCCAGGAUCCUGGUCACACUGUGUACAUAAAACAGCCAGGAAACCUUUAUUCCAGUCUCGAACAUUGACAUUCCCAGGAUGUCCACCCAAUCACUGCUCAGCCUCAUCAAGAGCAUGUUUUGCGUGGACUUGGUGAGGAGGUGGUAAGAUGUUGUGACGUUUGCAUCGACUCCCUUUAUUCUCUCCAGAACUUCUGACAUUAACGGCUCCAGUGCUGCAGAACACCUGGUCUUCUGCCCUCUGCUAUUUGCUUGAAUCUAAGUCACAUAUCUGAACUAUAAUUUAGCCACAUGAUCACAGGGUUGCUGUACGGUUGAGGUUUACAUCAAAGUACUGGUGUCCUGCUAAAAUUUGAAGCACACUUUUCUGGUGUGUUUAUUUUUAUUUUCUUUGUACGUCUACACAUAUGUAUGUUGUCCUAAUUUAAUUUUCUUUAUCACACUUAUAAACUGUUCAUUUUUUAUGUGUUCCUGGUUUUGUGUCAUCACACUGCCACACUGCUUGAUUUAAUAUGGAUUAUAUGGGUGUACACUUCCUUUCCACUGAGGUUAUUGUUAUCGUUAUGUAUAUUUUGUUUUACAAGUGUCUGCAUGUUUAAUUGUCACCUCCGAUGCCUGACUUUAUGGAUGUUAGAGGUUCUGCCAGUGUUAACUCGCAUAGGAAUUGCUUAGUAAUAGUCAUAUUAGCAUACAUAAAAUGACAAAAAAUGUCCUAUACAAUUAGGGUCAUUCCCCACUGUAGAGUUGUUGUGAUGUAGGCCUGGAACUUAAGACAAGACCCUAGAUUUGCAUAAACUGAGUUUCCAGGAGCAGGGUUGCUUCAAAGGACAGUGUAUUCAUAUUUUGCAUGCUUUAGGUUGGUUGGUUAUUGUCACUUAUUUUCCGCUUAACCACUUAACCUUUACUACCAUUGAUAACUUAACUGUUCAAAAUUAUGGAUUGAUCUCUAAGAGUCGUGGAUUAAGAGUCAUGAUCAAAGCCAGCGAGGUUAUGAUUUGCUCCAGUUUUUCCAUGUUUUUUUUUAGAUUGUGUUUAAAAAGAACAUUCCUUGAGCUUCUCUCCAAAUGUCAGGUAAUUCAUCUUUUUUUUAAUUUUGUUUUGUCUUAAAUCUGACUUGUUAUUCUACAUUAUGUAAUGAAUUUCUAGAUGACAAUAAUAAAGAGGACAACAUGUAUAAAUUCUAAUAUUGUAAUAAAAUACAAAGAUAAUUUUGUGCUCAUCAUAUAAUGGGUUUUACUUUAUGGUGCGAAUGUUACUGCUUGGUUUUAAUAUGUAAGUUGUGUAUGUCACAACUUUUUAGUCAUUUAGUCAUUUUACAUGUUAGACGCUAUAGUUCAAAUUAAGGUUUUGUUCGGGGAGUUCUAACCCAAGGGCAGGUGAAUCUUUUUCUUAGUGUAUGUCUUGUUCUUUUUAUCUUUGCAAUCACAAAAUGUUUAAGUAACUUAAUUGUUGUUUGGCACAAUUUUUUUUUGUUGUUGGUUUUUUGUUUGUUGUGUUUUACCUUUUUUUUCUUCUUCUUCUUUUUUUUUUGAAACUCUGCAUCUGGAUUUUUCUACAGGUUGGGGUAUGAACUGUAUUAUUUAGCCUGCAAGGUAGGUUCAGUGCACUCACAUUGGUAAAAUUAUACACUAACUUAAAAAGUGCCAUUCUAAUCAUACAAACUGAGGCAAGCCUGACUAACUGCCAGUUGUAAGCAGCUUUCUUCUUCUACCUGUUUAAUGUAUGUCAUUACAAACUCUUACUUUGGUGAACAACAUCCACCAGGUUGGCAACCUAUGCAUUAAAAAAGGGUCAUUUGGAUUUUAUUUGUGAGUAAAAUGCCUUCUUGUUUGUUUCUAUGAAUCUUUAACUUUGCAUUCAUGAUAAUCAUAAAUUCCUGAAUAGAGGCAGCUGGACUUGUUCUGUAAGACAUUUCACCUUUUAUCCAAAAAGGCCUCUUCUUUCCUGACUGGUGGGGAGUUUUAUAAGCUUCUAAGCUAUUGAAGUCAAGUGUAUGACACUAACCCAUUUCCCAGUUCCAUGGGUCAUUUAGGUUUUUAAGUUAUUGUAGAACUGGUUAAAAUUAUUGGUAUGCUAAACUCUUAAGUGGAUUUUUUAUGUCCAGUGUCACUGAAGAGAAUCUGUAAAAGUGAAAAAGAGAAAGAAAUCUAUAGAUUAAUAGUGAACACAAAAUGUAUAAUAUAAUUCUUUAUUUAAAAACAUCAAAAUAUUGCCAUGUAGAAAGCAGCUUGCACCUGACUGCUGGUAUUUUCUUAGUUGCUUAUUUAUUGCUUAUAAAUGUUCAAACUCUCAAACUUUGCAGGAGUUUUUUUUUCUUCAAUGAUAGACUUCAAAAGAGUUUUAAUUUACUUUGGUCAAGUUUAUAAUGGAUAUCUUUUUCCUUUUAUGUGGCUGCAUAUGUAAGAAUACUAAUUGAAAUACUCUAUGCUUUCAAUACCAGAGACAACACAACAGCUUCACAAAGUUAUAUGAUCUCCAACAUGUUUUGCUGUUGAUAUGGUGUUUUUUUUCAGUAGUGGUGCCCUCCUUAUCCUUCAUCUAUAAAUGCUGGUUUCAGUGUGCAGUGUAUGGUACAGUAUGCUAAAAAAAAACAACUGUUGAAUAGUAAAAAAUUAAAUCUAAUGGAAUCUU